AUGUCUAAGUGUGCUGUUUUGAGUAAGGUCAAGAAUUUGAUUAAUACUUUUAAAGGGCAUUAUAAAUUUGCAAACCAAGCUAGUAUUGUAGACACAGGAACUUAAGCUACUAAGGGUGUGCAGUUUUCAGGCUAGUACUUGAGAUUGGUUGAACCAAGUAACUCAGUAAAAUUCUUCCCAACUAGCAACUUCUACUUCCAAAUGUAUUUCUACAUCUGCGAGGUAGAUGAAGCACAUCUGUUUUGCCUUCAAUAAUUGACUUCAGUUUCUCAAAAUGUGCCGUAUUUUUGCUUGAGUACAGAUAAUGAUGGAAAGUUACUACUUUAAAUGAGAUUAAUUAAAACUAAAGACACAAUUACCUCACAGUAUUAUCCAACAAGUGAAGAAGAUUACUAAUAGACAGGGAUUAGUCUAGUGUAAGGUUGGAAUUGGAUUGGAGCAAGAGUUUCAUAUAAGUAUGGAUACACAAAUGUCACAAUAUACCAUUCAGAUGAAUCCUAAGAUGAUGACUUGUAAUUUAGACAAGUUAAAGUAGAUUAUAAAUGGGAGGGUUAAUUUGAUUAGAGUUCUUACGAUAGAGCAGAAUUGGUGCUUGGCUGUAGAUUAAAUUCAAUUGAUCUCCCUUAUAUAUACGGUAGUUGUAUGAAAGGCUGGAUAUAUAGCAUCAAAGUAAAUGACUUGACUGAUUUUAUUGGAGACGAUAAAUUGUCUAUAGAACAUAUAUGUACAACUUCCACUGAUUGUAAAAUGUGUCCUUAGUUCUACAGCGCAGGUUGUCUAGAGUCAACUUCUAUUACAAAUGACAUUAUAGAGGAGUGGGACACCAAAGUACUUUCAAAUUACCCAGACUCAAUAUUGCCUAUUAAAGUCCUGGACUAUGAGUUAACUAAAAAUUCUGAUAGGAAAAAGUGGCCUACUUACAUUUCUGGCGUUGGCUUGCUAUCAUCAACUGAGAGCUGGUCUUAUAUUGUUUAGAACAAUGAUAUAAUGACGCCUUACUUCCCCUUUCCCCCUUAAUUCACUAUAGAAGCCUGGAUAAAGUUUGAUCUAACAAAUAUAGCCCCUAAUACAACUUUAAUGAACAUAUUUGGAAAGUUCACAGGAUCAAAUCCAGCGUCUAUAUCUGCUGCUAAUAGGAACAUGAAAGUAGGAUUUGCAGUAGCGAAUCAUUACAUGCGAGUAUAUGUCAAUUCAAAGUACUAUGACCUAGAUUACAGUUUCAUAGAGAAUUAUAAGUGGCAGCACAUCACUAUAUCUUAUGAUUUACAAUAUGCUUAUAAGACUACUUAGGCCUCUGCAUCAACUCUGAUUACUAUCUACAUUGACGGGGUAGAGCAAGUAUCACAGAUAGUUGAUGAUGCUGUCAAUUUCAGGUUUACUGGAUAUUUGAUAUUAGGAGAUGGAUUCCAAGGAGUCAUUAGAAAGGUCAGAGUUCUAAACAGAACUCCUUGUAUCAGCAGAAAGCCAGUCAGUUUGGCUUAUAGUAAGGUGUUGUGUGGAAAUGUUGCCUAGGAUACCAAUGACUUCUGCGACUCUGUUGAGAAGAACUACGGUGAUUGCGCUAAUAUGAGCUACUACUAUGAUGCCACUAAGGGAUGUCUAGCGGAAGAGACAAAUGUUAUAGUUGCAACACUCAAGGAUAUUUCUUAUUCAACCAUACCUAAACUCCAGCUACCUAUUCUGUCACCAAACCUUGCUUUUGUUCCAAUGGCACUUACUACAAUUCCUCAGCUCAGCUUUGCAUUCGUAUACUUAUUCAUUAAUAUUUAACUUUAUAAAGCUUGUAUUGAAGGAUGCCUGGUCUGCUAAGAUAGCACUACUAAAUGCUACGCUUGCGAUGAUGGAUAUUUUAUGCAGCAGGACUCAUCUUGCUAGCAAACUUGUCCCAAGAACUACAAAGGCAACUCAGAGCAUAGAACCUGCGAACUAGACAUUACGAAGCCUGUCCUAUCUUCUUAAAGAGGCUACCUGCUUAGAGAUUAUAUUCAAGAGGAAGUGCAGGUUGACUUGGAGGAUAUUAAGGGUUGUCUGUUUGGAGAAUACUGGUCUAAUGUAUACUCGCAAUGCAUGGUGUGUCAUGAUGACUGUGUUGGGUGCAAAUUUGAAGAUGGACUGACGCAGUGUUUGUCCUGUCUGAGCAACAAAUAUCUAAACUGGGAUGACUCUUGUCAGAACUGUCGACACAGAAAAAACGGAAUGAAUAUUGAUUAGGCUGGGUUUUGUUAAGAUACUUGCGGAGACGGUAGAAGAUAUCAAGAUAAUGCUUGUGAUGAUGGAAACACUGGUAGUGGUGAUGGUUGUAGUGAUGAAUGCUUAGUAGAGAGUAAUUAUGUGUGCAGAGCAGGGUUCUUUGGCAGCAGAGAUGUGUGCACUCUCAUACCGAAUACAGUAUAUAAUAUAACUGUGACUGAAAACAAUGAUUUGAUUUUAGAGUUCAACAGACCUAUAAUGCCUUUGAAUAGAACUAUAAGUGAAUUAGAUUUUGACAUUCAAUUGAUAUCUAGAGAUGGUCAGUAUAAAUAGUUGGACUUUAAGGUUUUGAGUACCGUGUAUCCCACUAAUUAUCUCUAUUUCUACAUAAAAACGGAUUAAACUAUUAAAGCCAGUGCUUACUUUGAUAAUAUGAUUAAGGUUAAAUACCUAAAUACUGGCAAUAUCGUAGAUAUUGAUUAAAAUCAAUAAACUAUCAUCUCUAAUAUCUAAGGUAGAGGAUUAAGCACGAUCAAUAAAGAAAUUAAAAGUAACUUGACUAUCAAGGCUUAUCUGUAUCCAUUGCCAUACCUUGAUUAAAGUAGCUAAACUGAAGUUGAGUUUUACAAUAAGAUUAUGAUGAUUUUUAUUGCAGGAUCAAUUGCAUUACAAAUCACAAUCACAGCUUUCAUAAAGUAGACAAUCAUGCCCUCUGUUAUCAUUAUAUUCUACUGCUACUUUCAGUUUGAAUUCCCUCAGGUUUUUAGAAUACAUUAAACUAACUACCUACUUGAUUUAAAGUAGAUUAAGAAGUAUUAGUAUAACACAAAUCUUUAUAAGAAUACUGGCUAUGAGUAUAAUAGCUUCUAUGUUAAUGCACAGAGUAAGAUUAUGAUAAUAAUGAUUAUUUUGGGAUCGGUAAUGAUUGCUACAAUUGUCGAAAUAAUGUUGGAGAGUUAUAGUAAAUGGAGAAACAAGUAUUUGACUGCUUUUGUUCAGAAAUGCUAUUGGUCUUAUUUGAUUGGAGUGUUUAUUAUCUUCUUCUAUCCAUUGAUAUUGACAGUCUAAUUAGAACUUAUUGAGAAGCAAUUUGAUGGUUCAUAGGAAUUACUGUCAUAUUCAUUAGCAGGCCUAGCUUGCAUUAGUCUUGCUCUGUUCUUUAUACUUAUAUGCAUUAUCAUUGGAAUAAACACUAAGAACAAAUAAUUCAAUGAGUCUAAGGUUAUAUUUGAUAUUGUUUUGAGACCAUUCAAAAGAGGUGGGAUGAUUUACACCUCAUUUUGGAUAAUUCAAAUGAUUAAGAUUACUGUUUUGACUUUUCUUUAGAGUAUGGUAUAGGAGUAUGCAACUGGACCUAUCUCGAUUUAAACAGUGGUCUGUGCCUCAGUUCUAGCAUGUCUAAUUAUUGUCAGACCCUUUAAAAGCAACUUAACGAAUUUAAUAUCUAUUGUAUUGGAAGCUAAUUUAGUGAUAGUCUAAUAUCAUUCACUUGAUUUUAAGCAAGCAGGAGAUACCGAAGUCAAAAGAGAUUCAGGUCAAGUGAUUAUUUAUACAUGUCUGACAUCUGCUUGCUUAACCGCACUGCUAUUGAUUAUCUUCAAUAUAAAAAAGAUAAGUGAUACUUUCUACAAAUAAGAGCAUGGAGUUGUGAAAUCUUAGGAUCCUAUUUACAAACUAGGCCUAAAAAAGAAGAUAAAUAAGAAAACUCCAUUAACUAAGAAAGGGUUGAUAAACUAAACAAGUAAAACUGUGAAUCAAUAAAACUAUAAAUAUGAUAGUCUGGCUGUAAACUAAUUGAAUUCAACUAUUGCUUUGAAGUCUCAGCAUUUAGAUGAAUCGACUAUAAAUCAUAAAAAUAUGAGUAAAUUUGAGAAUUACAGCGUGAAGAGAAAGAAGUCACAUGAUGAUCUAAACUUAAGUUUUGAAGAUGUAUUCAAAUCUGAAGGAGAGGUAAAACCUGACAUGAAUUUUACUAAGAGUGAAAGAGACAAUACUCCUCUAGGCUUAAGAGGAAAUUCCAGUAGCUUAAAAUAGCUUUAUGCAAAAUACAAUGGUGAUUUCAACAAAUUCGAUUGA